AUGUCGGCCAAAUUAGAAGAGCAGUGCUACUCGGAGACAUUCGUUUCUCCCCAGUGGCUUCCUGGUGGCAAGUCGUUCUGGUAUCGCCGGAUGGUGCAUCGCGAGCACAAGGUUGAAUUUAUACUGGUUGACAUUGCCAAGCAGUCUAUUCAGGCGGCAUUUGACCAUGAAUAUUUGGCCGAACAGCUACAGAAGCACUCAAAGGCUCCUAUAGAUCAACGGUAUCUGCCCUUUACCUGGAUUGAGAUUGAAGACAAUCUUGUCCGAUUCCGAUUCCAAGGGCAUAUAUGGCAAUAUGAAAGCCAAAAGUCUCUGUUGACUUGGGAUGGCCAGUUCACACAGGGAAAUCCCGCCGUGGCAUAUAGACAUGGGCUCUACGACCAACCCGCUACACACGUCGGCGCCUCUGUUACUUUCAUCAACAACACAAGAUCCGAACUGGAUGUGUACUUUGUCAAGCCAAAGGGUGAAUCAGUACGCUAUAUGACUUUUGCGCAAGGACAAGCAUUCAUCGAAAGAUCCCAUGUUGGUGUUGUUUGGAAAUUUGUGGGUGAAGAAAGUAGGGUAAAGGCCAUUUAUCGUGUACCCGAUAUACGACACGAUACCGUCAUCCUUGGCGAUAUCAACAUCGAUGAGUAUAUGGGCACCUACGAAGACCGCCUCCCCGAAGGAUGGGAAGAACAAGUGACCGAGACUGGCCGCAAGUAUUAUAUUGAUCACAAUACGAAAACCACAUCUUGGCGCCUUCCUUCCAAUUCUCUUGUCGCGAAAGAUCACAGAGGCGUGUCUGAUGACAAGAUGGAGGGACACAAGUCGAACCAGGAGACGAAUGAUCAAAUAAAUCCCAAGAAUGUCGGCGACAACGAACCUGAAAUUUUCGUUCGUGAACAUCGAGUCUGGCUAAGGAGUGCUGAGGGAGACGAGAUCCCCCUCUCUGGCGAUGGUACUGAAGAAUUGCCUUAUGAUAAACACACAAUAACUACAUCCCCCAACAAACAUCUCACAAUCGUUUGGCAAUACAUGGAUGUAGUUAGCAGGAGCGUUUCCUACAGCAUCAAUUAUAUGCCAGACGACCAAUUCUCUCCAAAGCUCAUUAAAACGCCGACAGAUCUUCCCGGUGAUCCCAUACGCAUUAACCGCCCUCGGCUGUUUAGUCACACUGCUAAACGUGAGGUGGACACUUCUGACCAUCUGUUCUCCAACCCAUUCUCCAUAUACGAGAUUGGUUGGAGUCGAGAUGGGGACGAGUAUUAUUUUCUGUACAUCCAGAGGGGUCAUCAAUGCAGGAGGAUAAUCGGCAUGAAAUACGAUGGCUCUAUCCGCGUCUUGCUUGAAGAGACAAGUCCGACAUUUCUUGACUUGAGAAAACUAUACUACUAUUACCUGUCACCGGAUAAAUUGAUCUGGGCUAGCGAGAGAGACGAUUUCAACCACCUCUAUCUCAUUGACCUAGAAAGCGGCCGGAUCCAGAACCAGAUCACGAAGGGGCAUUGGAACGUCCAAUCCGUUGAGUAUGUUGAUGAGAAUAAAAAGGCAAUUUGGUUCUCAACAUACGGUUACUGGGAAAACCAGGACCCUUAUCAUGUUCAUCUUGCCCGUGUUCAUUUUGACGGAUCCGAAUGUACAUUAUUAACAGAGGGCGAUGGGACUCAUUCAUGGAGUUACCCAUGGCCUACAGAUGGCCGGUACUACUUUGUCGAUACGUGGUCACGGGUUGAUCUUCCACCACAAACCGUCGUCCGAUGCUUUGAGACGGGAGCCUUCCAGUUUAGCUUGGAGACUAUGACAAGUCAAGGUCUCCUUGAUCUUGGAUGGGAUCCAGCAGAGAGAUUCCAUGCACUAGGCAGGGAUGGAAGCACGGAAAUCUACGGCUUGAUUAUCCGGCCGCCAAAUUUCGAUGCCCAUAAAAAUUACCCCAUAAUUGAGACAAUAUAUGCCGGUCCGCAGGAUUUCUACACCAUCAAGAGCUUCAGUCGUAUUUCUCAGCAGCGUCAAUGGGCAGAGGAAGGAUACAUUGUUGUCCAGAUUGAUGGCAUGGGGACGAACUGGCGAUCCAAGGCAUUUCAUGAUAUAUGCUACAAGAAUCUCAAAGAUGGUGGUUUUCCAGAUCGCAUACUAUGGAUGCAAGCAGCAGCAAAAACAAGACGUUGGAUGGAUCUGUCCCGCAUCGGCAUUAUGGGUUCCUCUGCUGGAGGGCAAAAUGCAGUAUCGGCACUACUACAUCACGGAGAUUUUUACAAGGUAGCAGUCGCCGAUUCCGGCUGCCAUGAUAAUCGCCUAGAUAACUAUCUUUGGAAUGAACAGUGGAUGGGCUACCCAGUUGACGAAUCUUACGCUCAUAACUCCAACAUAUCACACGCGGAAAAGCUCCGUGAUGAUGGAAAACUCUUACUACUUGCUGGAGGCUUAGAUACUGUUGUGAACCCGGCGUCCACUAUGCGGUUGGUUCAGGCGCUAAAUAAAGAAAGGAAGGAUUAUGAACUACUAUUUAUCCCCGAAGGCGGCCACAACUGCGGUUUGAAGCUUGGGGCGAGGAAAGUGAAGAAAUUUCUGAGACAACAUCUGGCGCCUUGA